AUCACUUGCAGCGCCUUCCAUCCCGAUCUCGCGCACCUCAUCCACUUCGCUAUCUCGCAUCCUCCACCGCCGGCGAGGGUUUCGCGGAGCUUCCUCAUCUAUGGCUUUCGUCUUCUCCUUAGACCUACAGUUCGUCAGUCGACCUCACUUCUCCUUCCGUUCCAGCGCUCCGCCGCCGUCCCUCCUCCCUCUCCGCCGCCGUCGAGACCUCUUUGGGUUGGACAGCGGCCGCCCCUCUCCGGAUUACCUCCGUGGAUCCUUAUACGUCAGAGCUGGACUUCGAGGCCACCGAGGGGCUCGCCCGAGAGCUGUUUGGCCGACUGCAGGGUCUCCUCUACACCAUCACUGAUGCGGCCGUCUCCUCCUCCGAGGUCGUCGAGAAAAUCUCGAAGCAGAGUGACGACUGGUUGACGGGAAUCACUAAUUACCUCGAGACUGUACUCAAGCUUGGUAUGCGAUAAAGCGUGAGUCGAAAACUAUGACAUAGAAGUUUGGUUUCUCCACAAUAGCCCAAUGUUUGCUAGGGUUACUAUAGUCAAGGGAGCCGAGGGAGAUUUUUUCCGAUCAUUUAUCAUAAAGUUGCUCAUGGAUUUUGAUAACAUGCUCAAAAAGACCAACAAGUAUAGAAAUAUAGAAGAAGUCCAAGUGGCUAGAAGAAAAGAGAUGUCGAUCGAACCUUCGACGUCGACCGAGCGCAGACCAUCGAGCAGUCAUCAACUGCCAAAGGGACCAAGGGUCGAAGGAGCGCGGACAUAUCAGGAGGCUAGGACACAUGCCAUACAGCAUGUGGCCUCUGGACGGCCGAAGACGACUAGAGUCAAGGGGUGGAUGCUCAUGUUCUGCUCAUUUCACCAAACGCCGACUCACAACACGCUUGAUUGCCGCAGUCGGACACUAAUCGUCAGUCGACUGGUUCCACGUGGAUAUCGUCACUGAUCUCCUUCUCCCGAUCGGCGACAAAGGCAUCGAUCGACCAGGCGACGAGAGGAAGAAAGAAGGGAGUCCGAGCGCCUUCACCAUCAGUGGAGGGACGACACCGAUCCCUCCCAAGUUUCGGCCGAGCGAAACAGAUACUCCGCUCGAGAAGAAGAAAACAGGAACAACUCUUCCUGAGGAGAAAUAGACAUGAUCGUUGGAGGGCCGACCGGCGACAACUCCGACCGAGCUAGGAAGUCAUACGCUCGGCGGUUGGAGAUCCACGCUAUGGGAUGCAGCAUGGAGAAGACCGAAGGGCCCAGAUCAGCUUUGGCCCCAGCGACUUGGAAGGAGUAGAGAUUCCUCACGAUGACGCGCUGAUCAUCCGAGCGACACUAGGCAUAGAACAUGCCUUCUCUUCAUUCAUUUGGCUUUGUGGACCUAUCACUGGCUUCAUUGUUUAACCUUGUGUUGGCAUGUGGAGUGAUAAAUGCCACUCAAAAUAUGGAAGGAGGCGACCAUUCAUUUUUCUUGGCCGCCUCAUGAUUUGUUUUGCUGUUAUCUUGAUUGGUUUUUCAGCAGAUAUUGGCUUCUUUCUUGGCAAUACUGAUGAACAUUGCAGUACUUUUAAGGGUCCACGACCGCUAGCGACUGCUGUUUUUGUGAUUGGUUUUUGGUUGCUGGAUGUGGCUAACAACACAGUGCAAGGUCCAAUUCGUGCACUUCUGGCUGAUCUUUCAGGUCCUGAUCAGUGUAAUUCUGCAAAUUCAAUAUUCUGCUCUUGGAUGGCUUUUGGAAAUAUACUAGGCUUUGCAUCUGGUGCAAGUGGCCUUUGGCACAAGUGGUUUCCUUUUUUGACAACAAAAGCUUGCUGUGAAGUUUGUGGGAAUCUGAAGGCAGCUUUUCUUGUUGCUGUGCUUUUCCUUCUGCUUUGUAUGUCUGUGACUUUAUAUUUUGCCAAAGAAAUUCCCCUGGAACCAAAAAUUAGGCAACAUUUGUCUGACUCCUCUCCUCUAUUGAAAGAUUCUGAACAAUACCUAGGCCAAUUUGAAGGAGAUGAAACGGAGAAGGUUGAUAGUGGCACUUUGCAUGUUAAUAACAUGCGCAGCAAAGGUGGAGUGACCAAUUCUUUGGAUCUUGAGCACCACAAAAAUAGAGACCAAAGUGAAGCCUUCAAUGAUGGACCUGCUUCAGUAUUGGUUAACAUUCUAACAAGCCUGACGCAUUUGCCACCUGGAAUGCAUUCAGUGCUUCUUGUUAUGAGCCUUUCUUGGUUAUCAUGGUUCCCCUUUUUCCUUUUUGACACUGACUGGAUGGGACGAGAGGUUUACCAUGGGGAUCCGAUGGGAGACAUUACUGAACGUACCGAUUAUCAAACUGGUGUCAGAGAAGGUGCAAUUGGUUUGCUAUUGAAUUCAGUAAGAUCUCAUAAGCAAUAUAUUUUAGCCUUUUUACUCCAAAUAUAUGUUCUCUCUCAAAUGAAAUAUAACCUACUAAACCUGUUAGUUUUAUGUUUGGCACAUCGUAGUGAAGCUGCAUGUUUUUUUUUCAUGAAUGCAACAACGUUCCAGUCUGAGCAGGUGCGUGCCUUACCACCGAUACAUUGUCAUCUAAGUUCACUACAGGUCUAAUUCCACUUCACGAGGCUUUUAAAUGACGUCGUUGAUAAAUUCAUUAGUCAUGAUUUUCUGACACGAUUAUGUUUAUUCCUUUGCAAAUAAAUUUCCUGUCUAAACUUAAGAAACUUUCCAAAACAUUGUAAUUUUGGUUGAAAUAUUGUUUUAAAAUAUAAAUUCUCUGCUUGUUAGCUAAUGAUGAUGGUUUCGCAGUUAUGGUAGUUUACACCCUCUUAUACAGAUUAAGGGCUACUUUAGUUCAUAGGAAUAUUCUAUUCCCUAUGGAGGUGACAUUAGUGAGUCAAUGUUAGUGGGGAUUGUUAGGUAUGAUAUACCUGUCCUACUGGAGUAGAUAAAUCAUGCGGGCUAGACGAGUCAAGCAAAAUAUUUCAAGAGAUUUUUAUCACUGUGAUAACUAUUAAAUAUUUAUUUCUUAUGAUGUUACAAAUAAAACAUAAGAUCUCUUUUCACUUCAUGACUUGCUUUCUGGUUAAGCUUUUAAUUUCAACGGAUUGUUCUGGGAGUUAGCUCAUUCUUUGUCGAUC